ACAAAUACAAGCACUUGUAUAUUCUCCUUUGAUGUUACCUAGCACAAACUAAUUUCAUUGUAUUUGUCAACUAUUUUUCUAUUAGUUUCUCCUUUUAUUUCUAUUGCUUUUACUCAUUAUGCUUCAUAUAUUCUAUAUACCUUUCAAGCACUUAGAAAUUUUUUCCUAGUUAACCAAUUUGAACCACAAAAUUUUUCAUUUCACAUUCUCUCUAUUUUUAAAGCCUUAGAUACAAUGAUCAAGUUUGUAACAAGCAAAUUCAUGACCAUUUCUAUAAUUAUUCUUCUUCAACAAAACUUGGUAUUUUCAAAAUGUAGCUGUGAAAAUCAAGUAGAAGAUUCUUAUCAUAAAGUAUCUGAGGCAUUGAAAUAUAAAUUAAUUGCUAUGGCAACAGUUUUUGUUUCUAGUCUAAUUGGUGUAUGCAUUCCAAUCUUUGCAAAAAAAUGUUCAUAUUUAAAUCCGGAAAAUGAUUUUUAUUUUUUGGUUAAAGCGUUUGCUGCUGGUGUGAUUCUAGCGACCGGGUUCAUACACAUACUUCCAGAUGCUUUCGAAGCCUUAACGAGUCCUUGUAUAAGCGAAAAGCCAUGGAAAUUGUUUCCUUUCUCAGGUUUUGUUACAAUGGUAGCAGCCAUUGGAACUUUAAUUAUGGAAGCUUUGAUUAUGGGCUACCAUAAAAGAUCUGAAAUGAAAAAAGCUCAGCCUUUGGAUGAGAAUGAUGAGACUCAUCAUUCAGAUAAUGGUAGUAGUCAUGUUCAUAAUUUUUCAAUUGCAUCAGAUAGAUUAGAUUCAACAAAUCGCCUCCGGUAUACUAUAGUUUCUCAGAUUUUGGAGCUAGGCAUUGUGUUACAUUCAGUCAUUUUAGGGAUAUCUCUUGGGGUGUCAAGAAGUCCUAAAACAAUCAAACCAUUGGUGGCAGUAUUAACUUUUCAUCAAUGCUUUGAAGGAAUAGGACUUGGUGGCUGCAUUUCUCAGGCACAAUUCAAAUACUAUAAGGUUACAAUUAUGAUACUAUUCUUUUGCCUGAUUUUUCCAAUUGGAAUUGGCAUUGGUAUGGGAAUAUCAAACAUCUACAAUGAAAGUAGUCCAAAGUCACUAAUAGUUGAAGGAUUUCUUCUAUCAGCAUCUGCAGGGGUUCUCAUUAACAUGGCACUUGUUGAUCUUGUUGCAACUGACUUCAUGAACUCAAAAAUGCUAACCAAUUUUAGGCUACAACUCGGGGCAAGUUUAGCACUUUUUGUGGGGAUGAUUUGUAUGUCAAUUUUGGCAUUGGGGGAAGAUUCCUAGCCAAGUCUAGUUUUUUUUUUAAACGGCUAAUAUUUAUUCACAUCAAGAGUAUGCAAGGUGCACAAUAAGCUCGCGGGUACAAAGAAAUGUAAACAUACAAUAGGUGCCGCAUCGAGAGUAGCCAAGUCUAGUUGUAUCAAUUUCUUCUAAACAUUACAUGAUUUUCAUAAGAAAAUUUAAAAAUUUA